ACGUGCCUCAUGACCGCUGUGUUCUCUGGUAACCUCGUCGCCUUCCUCACCGCCAACGCCCAGUCGCCUCCAUUUGAGACUGCACUUGAGAUGGUAACCCAGACUAAUUUCAAAUGGGGUUGUGUCAGUGGAUGCAGCUUUCUGACACUGUUCAAGAUGUCCAACCUGACCGUUCACAAGCUCCUUCUUGAAGGUAUACAGAGAUUCAGCAAAUCCGAUCCAGAUAUUCUAAGUCCGCAUCAAGAUGUGCACCUGAAGAGACUAUUAACAGAGGACUAUGCCUUUAUAGGAGGGCGUCCGCUCUCCAACUACUGGAGGAGUCGUAACUGCCAACUGCGCAUGCUCAAAGAUAAUCUUUACCCUGUCACAUACAGCAUUGCGUUUCCAAAUGGUUCUCCAUACAAAGAGAUUGUUUCAGACAUGUAAGUACAAUUAUUAA